CUUGAAACAUUGAUUGAAAAUUUAAAAAUAUUGUUUAUUUUAUGUAAUCUUUGUGUGAGAAGAUUUUAAAUCUUUCAAUAUCUUUUCUCUAUACUUGUGUAUUUUUCAUAUAUUGAAAAUUUUCAAUUCAUCAUUUUUUCAAUUCACUUAUAUAUCGGUGUCAAGAUAAAUAAUACCAUAAAAAAUCCUACUAAUAAUCAAACAAUGUCGAUUCAUUGUGAUUUCAGCGAUAAAGUUGUAUUGAUUACCGGUUCAAGUUCGGGUAUUGGUGAAGGUAUUGCCGUACAUUUAUGUUCACUUGGUGCAAAUAUAACAAUUACUGGCCGUAAUGCUGAACGUUUAAAACGUGUUGGUGAACGUUGUCGACAAUCGACAAAAAAUCCAAAUGCCAAAAUAUUGGAAAUAAUUGGAGAUAUUAAUCAGGAAAAAGAUGCUGAACAUUUAUUGAAUAAAACAAUUGAAACAUUUGGUAAAUUAGAUGUAUUGGUUAAUAAUGCUGGUGCAUAUCAAGUUUCAUCAAUUUGGGAUGAUAAUUAUAUGCAAAAUUAUGAUAUGAUGUUUCAUACAAAUGUACGAAGUGUUGUUUAUCUAACCAAAUUGGCAAUACCAUUUUUAGCUAAAACACAAGGUAAUAUUGUUAAUGUAUCAAGUGUUGCUGCACAAAAACCUGCGGCAAAUAAUACAUUGUAUGCAAUGUCUAAAUCAGCAAUCGAUAUGUUUACCAAAUCGAUGGCAUUAGAAUUGGGACCAAAACGUAUCCGAUGUAAUGCUAUUAAUCCGGCUGCUAUUCGUACACCAAUAUUCAAUAAAGUACAGAAUAGUGAUCUAAGUACUGAUCGUAUGGCUGAUAUUGCUGCACGUUCAUAUCCAGUUGGUCGUAUUGGUGAACCAUUAGAUUGUGCUAAUGCUGUUGCAUAUUUAGCAAGUGAUGCGGCUAGUUUUAUUAAUGGUGUUUGUUUAUUAGUCGAUGGUGGUUCAGUUAAUUCGGCAUUAAUCAUGCCAGAUGAUUCAAAAAAAUAAA